AUGGCGCAACAAUUCCUUGCCGACCGCAAUGGCUGGUUGUCCUUUCGGAGCAGCACGCCCAUGCUUUACAUCACGGCUGAGGACGCCGAGUUUGACAUGGAGACGCUGAAGGCAUGGCGAGACGAGGGCUUUAUUGUCGAAUACAUUCCCUUGGGCAACGGCGGGAAGCAGUAUGUUCAGACGCUGCAUAGAUUAGGCGAGAAAAUGGGCAUCGGGGAGCGUUACGCCAUCGUAGCCUUUGGAGACGCAGCCGCUGUAUGCCUAGACGUCUUCUCUGAGCCCAAAACCGCGACCUCGAAGCUCUGCUCCCUCAUCGCUUACUACCCGACCUCGAUUCCUGAUACCCGACACCGCUUCACGUCUUCGUUCCGUGUCCUCGUUCACCUCGCCGAAGGCGCAUCUGGAAACGAAGCCACAGUGGGCGUGGUGCGCCGCCCAGAAGUCCUCGGCAUACAGGGCAAGCGGCGGACGGUGCAGAAGCGCGUCACGCCGGGAAUCGGCGCUGGAGGCCUGCAAGACAAGAUUCUGUAUCCUUGCUUCACGUACGAGGGCGUGGAUGCUGGGUUCGCGGAACAUGACUUGGACGAGUACGACGCGGUUGCCGAUGCGCUUGCAUGGAGCCGGAGUCUGAGUACCGUCAGGAAGGGCUUCAGCGCCGAGGUCGACUUGGAGAAAGUACUCGAGCAAAACGAAGAACACAAGUUCCGCGGAAAUUCCGCAGAUAAACUCCUAGAAACAUACACCCAGCACCCCAAGCCCUUUGUCAACUUCACGCCCACCAUGACGGGCGGCAGCGGCAUCCCCGACCUAAAGCGCUUCUACCGCGACUAUUUUCUGAAAAACUGCCCUCCAUCCAUGCACAUGCGCCUCAUCUCGCGCACCAUCGGCACCGACCACAUCGUGGAUGAAAUCUACUUCAACUUCAAGCACACAUGCCAGAUGCCGUGGAUCCUGCCGGGCGUCGCCCCCACCAACCAGAAAGUCGAAAUCGUCAUCGUCAGCAUCGUUGGCUUCCGCGCAGGCAAGAUAUGGAGCGAGCGCGUCUACUGGGACCAGGCUAGCGUGCUGUUUCAGGUCGGCCUGCUGGAUCCAGAGGAGGUGCCCAAGGAAUUCAAGAGUAGCGCUAAUGGCAAUGAGGGCGAUGGGGAGCACGAGACGGGCCUUGAGAUGCUGCCUGUGAGUGGGAGCGAGGCCGCGCGCAAGGUCAUGGAUGUUCAUAGUGAGGAGUUUAACGAUAUGAUUGAUGCUUGGUAA